AUGGGCUUCCCGACCCUCGCUCUGCUAGCCGAACGUCCGGUAGGCUUGGUCGAGCGAUGCGGAGGGCACCAGCCGCAUCAUGAUCGCUUGCAGCCGUUAAUCGGAGACAUUGGUUCCUGGGUUAUGCACGUUAUGCUAGUACUACUACCGUCCAUCCAUUAG